AUGGUCGACGAUUCCAAGUCUCCUCCUAUAGACAAGCUAGUCUCUUCCCUACCAGAGGAAGAGUCUCUUCUGUCCCAACCGAACUCCGAUGCCCAAGGUCAGCUCACGGCAGCCGUGGACGAUCUGCUCAAUCAACUCCAAAGCAAAUUCGACGCUGUCUCUACGGAGAUGUUCGGGAAACUGGAUGACAUGACCAAGCGCCUUGAUGAGCUAGAAGCGUCUCUAACUGCAGCUGCGGCGCCUGGCGCCCCAGAUCCGGCAAAAUAA